AUGAAAAUCCCAUUGUUCUGUGCUGCUUUGUUCUUCUUGGAUCUCCUCGUUGGCUGCAACGCUUACGCACAGGAUCCCUUGCCUGACAUAGUGGAUGCUAAAUUUAUUAAAGACUGUGUGAGAGCUCACAACGGCUUCCGAUCCAAGGUGAACCCCCCAGCCAGCAAUAUGCUCCGCAUGUCCUGGGACCCUGCUUUAGCUAAGACUGCCAAGGCAUGGGCAAAGAAGUGCCAGUUUAGGCACAAUAUCUACCUUAAAAUUCCAGGGAAGGUGCAUCCCACCUUUACACCCGUUGGAGAAAACAUCUGGACCGGCACGGCCACCAUCUUUUCUGUGGACGUAGCUCUCAGUGACUGGUUCAAUGAAGUUGAGAGCUACGAUUUUGAUACCAACGACUGUUCGGGCCAGUGUGGUCACUACACCCAGGUUGUGUGGGCCACAAGUUACAAGGUUGGCUGUGCUGUGCACUUCUGUAACACAGUUCAAUAUUUUCCAGGACUCUUCAAAGCAGCACAUUUUGUUUGUAACUAUGGACCAGCGGGAAAUUACCCAACAAAACCUUAUAAAGUAGGACAGUCAUGCAGUGGAUGCAGUAAUGACAAGUGUGGAAACAAUCUCUGUGAAAACGUAGAACGCGAGAAACUGCUAAGCUAUGCCAGCUGGCAGCCGGACUGGGACACAGCGCCGCAGCCGCCGCGGCCCCCGCGGCCACGGCCCCCGGGGCCGCCUGCCCCUCGGCCGCCUCCCGCGCCGCAGCCCCGUCCCUCCUGUGACGGCUACUGCCUCAGCGUCGCGGUGCUGAGGCCCUUGCUCCUGGUGCUCAGUGUUGGUGCAGCUCUUCUAGUACAACAGCGGUAUCCCCACACGUUUAUAUAUGCGUAA